CACCGACCUUUCUUUUUAUUCCGUCGCGUGUACGCCCCCAACCCGCCCCCAGCCGCCGCCGUUGUCGUUCUCCACGCGUCUUGCUCCCCGUCCAUGUCUGGCUCCGCUACCAACCCCAUUAGGAGGAAGCUCGUCAUCGUCGGCGAUGGCGCAUGCGGAAAGACGUCCUUGCUCUGCUCGUUCGCCCUCGGAGAGUUCCCCAAGGAAUAUCAACCAACCAUCUUCGAGAACUAUGUCGCGGAGAUUCGGUUAGACGGCAAGGCCGUGCAGCUCGCACUAUGGGAUACUGCCGGUCAAGAAGAGUAUGAGCGCCUGAGGCCAAUGUCGUACUCAAAGUCGCAUGUCAUCCUCAUUGCCUUCGCCAUCGACACGCCCGACUCGCUUGACAACGUUGCUGCUAAGUGGAUAGAGGAGGUCCGCUCGAUCUGCGGUCCCACGAUUCCUGUCAUCCUCGUAGGCUGCAAGUCGGAUCUGCGGCCACCUCCCGGUUCACCAAAUGCGUCGCAGUACGUGUCGACAGAGCAGGCAGAACGGGUGGCACAAGCGAUCGGCGCGCGAGCGUACAAAGAGUGUUCUGCGUUGAAGAUCGAGGGCGUCGACGACGUUUUCGAGGCCGCGACGCGGGCAAGCAUGUUGAUGCGCGAAGGCGUCCCGGCGCACGCCGGGCACCAGGCGGGUCGGCUCAGCGGAAGCAUGGGCCAUCGGCGCGGUGCGAGCAACGCCGACGACGGGUGGGAAGACAAGGGGCGGUGUUGCGUUAUCUGUUAAACGCACCCGCACGACUCAGGGAGGAGCCGCAGGGUCGCGAGCAACACUACACGGCUGAGUGGGUGUUCCGUUUCCCUGUGGGUGCGCCCGUGCGCUGACCGUGCACUUUUCGUGUACGAUUCCUCCCUGGCCUCGCUGCCCGCCGCCGCCUCUUCGACUUGUCCGAACUUAACAUAAACCACCACCAUUACGUCCCCGCCACCACCCGCCAUGUACAAUGCAUGCACGCCCACGCACCCGCUGUAUUAUCCCCGCAUGCUCGCUCACCCCGCCCCCACAUCGCCCGCUGCCAUCGCUACCUGCCAUCGUAUCGCACGACACACCCCACGCUCGCUCGCCCACCAACUCUUACGAUCACUCCUGCUUCAUGCGCACGUCGGACACUACUGGCUCGGAACGGACUUUACACACACAUUCUGUCUUUUCUCAUCUGCUCCCGCCUUGGACUCUCGUUUUCAUCUUUAUCUGUGUCUCUUACCCCGCACCCUCCCUUACGCGCGCGCGUCCUCCUUGCUCUCAUUCCCGGCGCAGCCCCCGCCGGCCCUCAUCCUCCCUCCCGUCUUCCCGCCCCGCCCAUUGGAUAUCUCCUGUGCUAUCCUGCCCCUUCUCCACGGCCGCCUUACUCACUCUACGUACCGCCCUACCUAGGCCCGCCUAACUACCUACGCACCCCGUCACCGCCGCGCCGUCCGCUCGGCCGUGCCCGCACCCGUCGUACUCGCACGCGUAUCCGCCCGCUAUAUUGACAUCCUCGUUUCCCG